AUGCCAGACGAACAAAAAGAUACAGCGAGUACAUCAAAACCAGCUUCAACAACAACACAGAUGACUCAACUUCUAGGAUCAAUAGAACCUUUCGUAGUCGGUGAAGACUUCGAAAUCUACUUGCAGCGCGUUGACGAUUUUAUGGUUUUAAACGGAAUAAACGAAGACAAAAGAAAAGUUAUGUUAUUGGUUAACCUCAUCGGCAUUACGGCAAAAGCGCGUCAAAUGAAUGUGCCUGAUGAUGAAACAGGUGCUGAAAGAGAAAUUAAAAAAAUGAAAAAGCAAAGUUUUGCAAGACAACAUCGUGGCAGAAGUCGUUCACGUGGUCGCAGCCGUUCUCGUGGUGAUCCCAGAACUUCGUAUCGAGACUCUAGACACAAUAGUAGUGGACGUACCAGUAGGGACCAAAGCCUAAGUGAUGUCACAUGUUUCCGUUGUCAACAAAAAGGUCAUUACGCCAAUGAAUGCAGAAAUGUGAAGAGAAAACGCCGCAUGUACAACAAUGACUACAAGAACAAAGAAGACAGCGCCAGUGCAAACUUUAUUGAUAAGUUUGACAAUUUGGAUCUCGACAACAUGGGAGAAAAUGUUUUGUAUCUCUCAAAGUUACAAGGAUAUUGUUAUGCUUAUAAAGCAAAAAUAUUGAAAAAGAAAUCCGAAUUCAUUUAUGAAAUUAAUGUAUGUGGAAAUAUCAAAUUAGCUCACAUUAAUCAGCUAAGAAAAAGUAUUUUGAAAAGUAAUUUCAAUGAUCCUUUUCCUAAGAAUGGAAAAUCAAGAACUGAAGAAUUCAAGAAUUAUGAAUCAAAUAGAAACAAAAAACGUAGAAGAAGUUCUUCAGAAUCUGAGUUAAUUGAAAUAAGAAAAUCCGCUAGAACUAAAAAACCUGUUAUUAGAUUGUAA